CCAAUUGAGAAUUUUGGGGGCUUUAUUAUUCGAUAAAAUCCGGAGAUUAGUCUCUGAAUUCCCAAAAUGGAGAAUCCAUCAUCAUCGGAACCCGAGAUUCCCUCCGUCGCUCCUCCCAGUGACGGCGUUCAACGCCAGGAUCCCCAAGUUCUCGAGCAUUCUGGAGCUGACCAGAAAGCAGAUAUUCCUGAGGAAGAAGUAAAGAUCACACUAGAAGCAGUAGCAUCUACCGGGAAGUUCUGGCAAGACUGGGAGAAACUAAAGGGAACGCUAUCGUCUUGGUUGAAGAAGGUUCUUUCGGAAUAUCCUGAGGCAAAAAUGACUGAUGAACAACAAAAGGAAGCCCUAGGAGAAACUUUCUUAGAGCUGGUUAGUCGAUUGGAUGAAGCUCUUCUUAGUUAUGAUGAAGGCCCUCCAUUUACAUUGCAGAGGCUCUGUGAGAUCCUUCUGGCUGCAAGGACCAUCUACCCAAAGCUCUCAAAACUAGCUCUUGCAUUAGAAAAAAAUUUGUUGGUUACUUCUAUGUUAGCCAUCAGUAAAGACCCACAAUCACAAACCACUGAGGAUCCAAAUGCAGCAACCACAGACACAAAAACGGAUGCUGCAAACUGGGCACCAAAUGGAAUUGAAGCAAUGGGAGGCGAUAAGGAUGAGAUAAUGACAGAGGUAGACGAAGCAGAUGUUGAUGACGCAAUGACUAUUGACAUGGAAACAAUUGAUGAACCAUCAGAAACAAUAACGACCACGAGUGAGAGUGAGACGCCAGGCGAAAGCACUACUGCACAACCACCAUCGGAUUCUGUAGCUACUGCACAACCACCAUCGGAUUCAAUAUCUGCAGAGGAGGGAAAUUCGCGGUUGGCUUGAACGUGUACCUAGAGAGUCAAGAGUUUGAACAUGAUCAGCUUUGAAUACUGAUCCCGAAUGUAAUGCUUGUUCUACUAGAAGAAACUUGCUUUCAGUAUAUUAGUCUUGAGUAGCUUCGUGUGUUGGCGGAUUUUUUGGUUUAUAAGUAAGAAAGGCAAAACUUAUUCGUACAUGAGGUUCAGUUGUCAACUUCUACCAAAAAAAGGUUCAGUUGUCAACUUAGAGUAA